UUAUAUUAGGACAAUUGGGUUAGGCUUUGAUAGUGUCUAACUAUUUUUUCAACUAGUUCUCCACUCUGCCUAAGUAAAAGGGUAUUCAAUAUUCAAAGCCAUUACAUAAGGCAACAAGUCCUUUCAUUUCCUUUGUGUUCUACUGGUUUAUUUUGUCAAAAAUUUGUAUUUUUUUCCCCUGAGAUGGAGAGCCUUUUGGGUCUGCUUAGGAUUCAUGUCCAUAGAGGGGUGAACCUUGCAGUCAGGGAUGUCAGAAGCAGUGAUCCUUAUGUUGUUAUCAAAAUGGGCAAGCAGAAGCUGAAGACUCGUGUAGUGAAGAAGAAUAUCAAUCCAGAGUGGAAUGAAGAUUUGACUCUUUCUGUAGCUGAUCCCAGUCUACCAAUAAAGAUUUUUGUAUUCGACAAAGACACAUUUUCUCUGGAUGAUAAAAUGGGGGAUGCUGAGUUUGAGAUUGGUUCAUUUCUUGAAGCCUUAAAGAUGCGCUUGGAAGGCCUUCCUAAUGGAACAAUAAUUUCGAGAGUACAACCAAACAGGCAAAACUGUCUAGCUGAAGAGAGCUGCAUUAUCUGGACUGAUGGCAAAGCUGUUCAAAAUAUAGUUCUUAGACUGCGAAAUGUGGAGAGCGGCGAGGUGGAACUCCAGUUACAGUGGAUUGACAUUCCUGGUUCCCGGGGGUCAAACAAACUUGAGGACAAGUUUGCUUUCAAAGAAAGGGAAUCCUGAUGCAGAUGCAUCUAC